UUGACGUGUGUGUAUGCAUUAAAAAUUUGAAAUUUUUAAAAAAUAAAUAAUGGAUAAAGUAUUGGCUAUUUAUCUGUAAAAAUAUACCUGUUGUUCGUAAGGCUUGCUAAUAAUAAAGCCAUAAAAAUAGUUAUUCGUGAUAAUGUCAGACGAAUCUAUCGAAGCCUUCCUGCAAAGGAUUCAUAAAGACGAAGAGGAUUACAUGAUUGUAUUAUCAAUUAGAGACGAGCUAAUGGAAAAUGUUUUCGAAGAAUGUUUUAAAAAUUACCUGAAAAACCAGGGUGUCAAGUUUAUCGUACAGUGUGCCUACGACGCCAUGAUAAAAUAUCUUUCAUUUGAAUUUUAUUAUCACCCGGAAGUUCCUGAUGUAAAUCAAUCCCUAUGGAUUCCUGAUGAGCCAAUAGAAUCGUCCCCGAAAGAUUCAUGGGCAGCCGAAGCUGUGCCUCUCCAACCGAAAGUACAACAAACUGAGAUGACCUCAGCAAAACUUGAAGAGGAUACAGAAGAAAAAGAGGAAGGGGGACAUGAAAAAACCCCAUCAAUAUCAAGUGAUAACAGAUCAGUUCAUGGUUUUGAACCUAAAUGUUGCGCCUGUCUUGGUCAUCCUUGCACGUGCUUAGUUACAGCUGAUAUAUCUUGCAAACUAUUUGAUGAAAUCUUGGAAAAAGCAAACACAACGGUAAAGUCUAGUUCACAAAGUAAACACUCAUCAUUAGCAGAAAAACAGUUAUCUGACACAGCUAAUGAAGUUAUCAGGGAGAAGUCCAAUACAAAUGAAGCGGAUGUACCGCAACCACAAUCAUUAAUUUCCACUCAAGAAACAGAUUUGGAAACGCCAACCAUUGCUCUUCUAUCAGAAAUUUUGGAAAAAUCAAAAGUUCCUACACCAAAAAUUAAAGAAGUUACUGCUCCAAAACAAAUUCAUGAAACAGAAUACUUGGAAGAUCUGCUUAGGAGUGCGAAUGCUAGCACUGUCAAGCUUCCUGCUCUAAGAGUGAAGUCUACGCUUCAAUUUAAACCCAUCAGUAAACCGUCAAAAAAAGGGAAAUUUUAAUUUAUAUCAGUUAUAAUGUACCAUGCCCAGGGAUUAGCCUGUAGAAAUGCUUUCGAG